ACUCCCCGCAGGACUCGCUGGUGUCUGAGAGUGUGCGCAGAGCCGCCUGUCCCCUCUCAGUGGGCGAGUGCGUGUACCCGCUGCUGCUACCGCCGCUUGUCCGCUGCCUUCCCCUCCCCUCUCCCACCACAGCCGCGGGCCAUGGCGGACAGCGCCAGUGAGAGCGACACGGACGGCGGAGGGAACAACCCAGCGGCCAUGCAGACCUCGUCCUCCUCGGCGUCUACCUCUGGGAAGUCGGGUAUCGUCAUCUCCCCAUUCCGCCUGGAGGAGCUGACUAACCGCCUGGCCUCCCUGCAGCAGGAGAACAAAGUGCUGAAGAUCGAGCUGGAGACCUACAAGCUGAAAUGCAAAGCCCUGCAGGAGGAAAACCGAGAUCUGCGCAAAGCCAGCGUCACUAUACAAGCAAGGGCUGAGCAAGAAGAAGAGUUCAUCAGCAAUACCUUGUUUAAGAAAAUACAGGCGUUGCAGAAGGAGAAAGAAACCCUUGCCGUCAACUAUGAGAAAGAAGAGGAGUUUCUGACUAAUGAGCUUUCAAGGAAGCUCAUGCAGUUACAGCAUGAAAAGGCUGAACUCGAACAGCACCUGGAGCAGGAACAAGAGUUUCAAGUGAAUAAACUGAUGAAGAAAAUAAAGAAACUGGAAAAUGAUACCAUCUCCAAACAGUUGACGCUAGAGCAGCUAAGACGUGAGAAAAUUGAUCUUGAAAACACCUUAGAACAAGAACAAGAAGCAUUGGUAAAUCGUCUCUGGAAGAGGAUGGAUAAGCUUGAAGCUGAAAAAAGAAUUUUGCAGGAGAAAUUAGACCAACCGGUUUCUGCUCCUCCUUCACCAAGAGAUAUUUCAAUGGAAAUAGAUUCUCCGGAAAACAUGAUGAGACAUAUACGUUUCUUGAAGAAUGAAGUAGAAAGACUAAAGAAGCAAUUGAGAGCUGCUCAACUACAGCACACAGAGAAAAUGGCCCAAUAUUUGGAAGAAGAACGUCACAUGAGGGAAGAGAAUUUACGGCUUCAAAGGAAGCUACAGCGUGAGAUGGAGAGAAGGGAAGCCCUCUGCCGACAGCUGUCAGAAAGCGAGUCCAGUUUAGAAAUGGAUGAUGAAAGAUAUUUUAAUGAAAUGUCUGCUCAAGGAUUAAGGCCACGCACUGUAUCCAGUCCAAUUCCCUACACGCCGUCACCAAGUUCAAGCCGGCCAAUUUCACCUGGUUUGUCAUACGCAAGUCACACAGUUGGGUUCACGCCCCCUACGUCCCUAACCAGAGCGGGGAUGUCCUAUUUUAAUACUCCAGGUUUACAUGUGCAGCACAUGGGAUCGACCCAUGGUAUCACUAGACCUUCUCCCAGGAGAAGCAACAGCCCUGAUAAGUUCAAACGUCCCACGCCACCUCCAUCUCCGAACACUCAAACUCCAGUACAGCCUCCUCCGCCACCACCUCCUCCAGCACAACCUGCAGCUCCGCCUCCUGCGUCUCAGUCUGCCACUUCCCACAAUUCAGUGCAUCCUCAGCCCUAGUGCAUGUCCUCUGCAUUUUGAGUUGGACUCGUAACAUGGAACAGUUUACUUUAAAAGCCAAAGGCUUAUCUGUCAUUUGGAUUUGACUUUAUUUGCACUGAGGUUACAUUGGCUUCACUGUUUAAUUGUGUUUGUAAAUGUUUGUCUAAAAAUACAGCCAGUGUUGUGCGUCUACAAUGUUAACUUCCCGACACAGAUCCCUAUCCAUGUUUACUGAGGCUACGUGUACGUUCCUACUCUGGCUGGAAUAUUUGCUACUUGAUAUUGAGCAGAUCCGAAUUAUUAAAGGGUAAAUCAUG